UGGCAAUCACCAGCCGUUACGGCACACGCUAACGAUGUGAACAAGAUGCUCAGCUUUAUGGCCAUCGGGUUCUUCUUCUACGAUCUCAUCCUGUCCAUUCCUUUCGAUCGCAAAGUCCUCACCGGUCAAAAGAGCUUGAAAUGGGUUCAUUUUGCUUAUUUCGGAACAAAGAUCUCCUUCUUGGGCUUCAUUGGUGUGCUGUUGAGCAUCUUUUGGGCUCAAAAAGAUAUGAAUUGUACCCUUCAAUUUCGAGUUUUGGAAUUCUUUAUGGGUACAACUGUUUUCACUUCAAGUUCCUUGCUUGCAUUCAGAACUCUUUGCGUGUUUCAAGGGAAGUACAGAAAUGUGAUCAAAGGCAUUUUAGCCGUUUUGGGUAUCGGAAUGUUGGCCGCUUGGAUGCAAGGCGUGGACGACGUUUCGGCAUUCUGGGAUACUAGUCCAGGCUUUGCUCCUUAUACUGAAGGUCGCUGUCAUUGGACAUCAGUCACGAAUACAUACUGGGUCAAGUACAUCAUCACAAUCAUAUUCGAUGCUACAGUCUUGGGUUUCACAACUAUCGGAAUCGCACGUAUGGCAGGUACAUCAAAGCUUGGGAUGACUUUGAUUCAACAAGGUUUCAUUUAUUUCUUUUUGACAUUUUUGGCAAAUUUGAUCAUUGCAAUCUUUACGCUUUUGCAACUUUCGCCGAGUAUGUCUUUACUCGUUGCCGUUCCACAAUCGGCCAUUUGCGUCAUUUGUUCAUGCAGAUUGCAUCGUGAAUUAGCCGAA